GAGAAAUAUGUGGCAAGACGGAGGGUCCAGUGGAAGUAUUUAUGAUGAUCCAGAUGAUUUUGAUGCAGAGGAAACUGGGAUACGGAAUGAGAAGUUGGAGAAAGAGACGGUUUCCGAUGGAGGAAUGAAAGUUGUAAAUACUAACACGGUGACGAUAAAUUUGAACAUUGGGCAGGGAGCGAUGGAUAGUUCAAACAUAAGACGUGGAGGAGAUGACGAAGAAUUAAUGGAGAAGAUCAAGCAGAUAAUGAAUACUAGAAGUGAGGAUUUAAAAGCUGAAAUACAAAAUGCGGCGGAGGACCGGACUGGUAGAAUGUUUGAACAGGAGGAGAAGAAGAUGGAGUUGGAAGUUAAGAUAAAUGAUACCCUGAUAAAUAUAGUAGAAGGAGUUGGAGGAGACAAAGGAGAUACGGAAGCAGGAGAUGUGAAGCUAGUUAUAGUGAUUGUGUUGGGCUGUUUGAUUGUUUGUAUAAUCAUAGUAGCUGUAUAUCUACGUUAUAGGAAUAGACCCCCUGUAGAAUCUGAGACAAUUAGGAAGCAUGGACGGGAGGAAGGUUGGCUCAACCGGAUGUGGCAAAAUGGACAGAAUUGGUGUUGUAAGCGCGAACAGAGCGGUCAGAGUACGCGGGAGCCUGAGGAGUCCGGAUAUUUGACUCCAAUUAAUACGGUAUCCGGGAUCGUAUAUACUAGUACUGUGGCGCCUGAGGACAAAGGAUUGGGAGAGGAAGCAAAGCAAGAGAAGAUACAGAAGGUGAGAACGGGACUGGAGAAUGCUAAUUUUGUGUACGGGUAUGCUGGGAUGAGAGAGGAGGAAGGCAUUUAUGAAGAUAUAAAUUGUGAAUCAAGCGAAGUGUUGGGGAAGAAGAUAGUAGGAAAAGUGGCUUUGAAUGAACCACCGAAGAGUUCUGCAAAGAUUGGCAUUACUAUUUCCAGUGAUAAACCUUAUCACACUUAUGUAAAUAUUGAAGAAAGUGACAAAGGGCAGGAGGAAGGAUCUGGUUUGGAUGUUGGAGACAUUAACAAGAAAGUAACUGCGCAAAUACAUGUGAUUUCUGAAGAAAGGGAGAAAAACAGUGUAAAAAGUAUCGACGGAGACGGAAACGAUCGCGCAGCUUCAGAUGAUGGAAAGCCAGAGGAAGAAGGUCUAAAAGACGAUAAGGAUGAAGGAAUGGAGAAGGGAAAUAAGUUAGAGUACAGUAAUAAUGAAAAUGAUACCGUCAUAUCAGACAGUUUUGCUGAAAAUGUUCGUCAAGCUAUAGAAGAGGUCGAGAAAGAAAGGUUUGAAGGAGAUGAAAGACUAGAACGUGUUCUUGAGAGCUUAGAAGAAGGAAUGAGGAGGGAGAGAGAAGAAGGUGAACAGAUUGAUGUAAGAAUCAAGCACAUGAGUGAAGACACGCCUCGGAGAAGUGCAAGGUUGGUCGAAAAACAGUCGAAAUUGGCGAAAGAAAACAAUAAACCAAAAAAAUGAAAGCUUGAUUAUUUGAAAGAAAAGUUUGAAAUGUUUGAAACUAUAAUUGGGCAA